AACACACACACACACAUAUAUAUAUAUAUAUUUAUCUCAUCAACAUCAUCAUCUUCAAUGUCCAAACGCCCUUGCUCUUUCACAAAACCAUCAUCAAAUUCCGAUCAACAUGAUUCCGAUCAUCAUUUCAAUAUGGAUUCACUCUUAACCGCCUUUUUAGCGCUUUCCGAUUCACCACCGUCGGCAAUCCAAGCUUCAUUUGAUCGGUUGCUCGACUCGAAUUCCGAUCAGAAUGAGCUGAUUCAACGCGCGUUGCGGCUCGGAUCGGUUUUACUUGAAGCAGCUAAUCGAUCUGCUAGAAUAUGCUCUUCUCAUCAUAACGCUGUCAUUUGGCCUCUCUCUCCUGACCUCACUAUUAAGGUUUUUUCUAUGCUUGAUACACAAAGCGUCUGUUAUGUUGCGGCUACGUGUACAUUUUUUCAGAAGUGUGCUAUGGAUCCUUUGUGUUUUGCUGACAUUGACUUGGCUACGCUAGUCCCUAAAGUGAACAAUGCCGUGGUGUCGACAAUGAUUCAUCGAGCUGGAAGUGCACUUAGGUCUAUCAAGCUUGGUGUAUUGCCACCUAUUCCUGCUCCCCCUUUCUUAUCCUCUCAGCCAUUAGUUUAUAGCAUUAGGAAUGCAAAUGAUGCAUCAGGAAUUUCGUGGAAUGAGAAGCGGUCAAGACAAGGAAAGGAGUCUUCCAUCCUAACAAGAUCCUGCUUAAGUUCUUUGUAUGGGAAUGGUGGUGCACCUGGCGCUCAUUUGAGGAGAUUGCACCUGUACAAUAUUGAAAGAAUGGAUAAUGCAGCUCUCUUGACAUCAUUAUCAGCUUGCCCGUCUCUUCUUGAUUUGGAAAUUGUGGGCCUGCAUGUUGAAUUGAGGCAUACAUUGGAGUCAGUAAGUAAACAUUGCCACUUGAUAGAGCGUUUGGUCUUCGAAUCCUCAAAAACAGGUAGAGAUGACGGUUUGAAAUACCCUACCUGCAAUGAAUUUGUGCUCAACUGUCCUAACAUAACCACUUUGGCACUAAAAGGAUUCAAGCUGCACGACUACAAGGCUCGUAUGCUGGUGAAGGGGUUACACAAAUUGAAACAUCUUGACCUUUCAACAUCUUACUCAUUUACCGGUGCCUUUUUGAAGAAUGUUGGUGUCAAUGGUGGUGGAGAUCAUCUGGAGGUGAUGUUAUUACGAGACUGCAUGCAUCUCAAGGAAAUUGAAGUUGAGCGCUUCAUGGCAGCUGUUCUUGCAGGAGAAUUCAAACUUCUUAGAUAUAUUGACAUAUCUAACAGGGAAGGUCUAGCAUGUGAGGGUGACUGGUGCAAUAGGUGUUACAGUGCUAGUUUCAUUCCUAUAAAGCAACUAUUGGAACAGAGGCCUGAUUUCUGCCUGGUUGCUGAAUUCCCAAAAGGAAGUUACAUUGAAGCUGAACAAAUGUCAGCCAGUGAUUUGAGUAUCCCAUCACAGUCGACCAGCUAUGCGUCUGAUGCAUCAGUUUUCAUGAGCACAUCAGACGGGAGUUACUAUAGUGAUCAUGGUAGUAUUAACGAAGACAGUAGAGAAAGCGGUUAUGUAAUUUACGAAGAAAAUUCAGAAUAAGUUGAGUUCUGUUCAGUUUUUUCAACAAAUAACAAUGUGGCGUAUCACGGUUAAUAACGGGUACCAGGUGCAUCUCUUUCCCGCACUGUUACCAUAAUUAUACUUGCCUUGGAUAUCUCAAGUGGUGGUCAUACUGGUACAUGCAAACACGGGGAAAGAGGACCGAGGAGUUGACCUUUUGGAGACGAAGUUGGUGGUGAGAUCAUUUCCUGUGUUUAACUUAUAUGGUAGAUGUCAUGAUCCAACUUGGAAAAUGGUAGGACUCCUUUUAGGACCUUACUGGUCCCAGUACUUGUUGUAUCCUGUUCGAUGCUCUUGCUAGUUGAUUAGUGAUGGUGGGAAUCUAUUGUAUUAUGUAUUAUCAUGGCAGCUGAAAGUAUAUCUUAAUUUUUAAGGAAUGUGUUCUCGCCCUUCUUUUUUGUCCAUUAAGUGGCGAUCCAAGAAUGAGUAUUUCUCCGUUUUGUUA